AUGGAAGGUCCAAAGGACUCACCAAUGCCUCCAGCAACCGCGCCAUUCAACCCCUCUGCCGCUCCUCUUGCACCCUCACAAGAAGCCGCCUACAGGAGAAAAUGCAUCCAAUUGAAGAAGCGCCUGACAGAAAUUGAGACAAGCAACGACGCCUCCAGGAGAAGAAUCGAGCAAGAGAGACUGCAUCUCCAAAAGAUGCGACUCAUGCGCUCUAUCCUUAUGGAACAGAUCAAAAAGAUCAACAAGACACCAGGCAAAACUCUCUCGAGAGACGAAUUGAACAGACUCGGCAUUGGCGGAGGCGUGGCUCACAUUAGCGAGCUGGUCGGUCUCGACGCAGAGCCUCGACCGGAAGGCGAAGUGCUGCUCGACGACUCGUCAAACGAGACCGAGGAGGAACCCGAGCCUGCUGAACGACCCGAGCGCCGCCGGCGUCCCAACAAGAGCUAUCGCGAAUCCAUCAUGAACAACACACCGGGCGCAAAUCCCAGUACGUAUCAACCAGCCGGACUGCCAAAUCUGGCACCUGCUGCAACAUUCCAAAACACAAUGCCUCCAGAACCAGCAUCUUUGACCUCGUCCUUCCGCCUGCAACAAGGCCCACAGACCACGUCAUUCAUCAACCAAACACAUCCCAAUCCAAACGAGUAUCAGCACUCAUCACCUAUACCUCCAACACAGACCAGCCAACCAGGAUCCUUCUCCCGUUCAGACAACGGCCGCCCUGGCUCACCUAUUCAUCGCUCUACAAGCGCCGCAGCUCGCACAGUCGAGCUCCGCCCACAACCACCCCGUCCCGACGCACCGUUUACUCAGUUCACAGAUCAUAUGCGCCCGCAACUGGAAGCAGACAAUUACCCACCCGACCAGAUCGACAAUAGAAUUGAUCAGGAGUGGCGCGACCUGAGCAACGAGAAUAAGAGUCUAUGGGAGAAGCGCUACGCUGAUCAGAUGAAGGAGUAUACCCAGGACAUGGACGUAUGGAAACGGGAGCAGAAGAAGGCCAACAACAGCGUUGCGGGCGUCAGCUUCUCCGAGAGCAGGAACCGGACGUAG